UCCUCUUAUUACCAUUCUCAAGAACAUAGAUCUUCAUUCCACGACCUCAGACAUAUACCCCAUACACCCUAACUCCACAAUGUUUGACCUCUCCAAAUUCCAAGACGACAUCGGCCAGCUGGCCGGCCUCAAAACCUACACACACCUAUUAUUAUCAUUCCCCAUCGCAGACCGGUACGCCCAAAAGGCAGCCAUCAACGCCCUAUACACAGCCACAGAAACCCUCAUCUCCGAAUUCCCCUGGCUAGCAGCCGAGGUCGUGCACGAGGGCCGGACCCCCGGCAACUCAGGCACCUUCCGGUUACAGUCGUGUCCGGAGUUCAGCCAGCCCGAGGACCUGGUCAUCGUGCGCGAUGCCUCGAGCAUCUGCCCUUCGUAUAAAGAAAUCUGCGCUGCACGAGGGCCAUGCGCAAUGCUCCCCGUCAGCGCUCUGGGACCCGUGGUCUCAUUUCCCGAGCGAUACGAAGACUCGAGCAUCGAGCCGGCGCGCGUCUUCAUGAUGCAAGCCAACUUCAUUGAGGGCGGGCUCCUCCUCGACCUCGCCGCACAGCACAACUUCAUCGACGGCGGGGGCCUCUUCCAAUGCGCGCGGCUCCUGGCCAAAGCGAUGCGUCACGAGCCCUUCACCGCCACCGAACUGAGCCAAGGCAACCGAGACCGCCGCACAAUCAUUCCGCUCCUCCACCCCUCCGAACCGAUGCUCGACCACUCCCACCUCCGCCGCCCGCGCAUCCCCAAGCCCCUCCCCGCGCCCCGCGCCCCAGCAAGCUGGCAUUUCUUCCAAGUCCCCGCCAAACAAAUGUCCCAGAUUAAGCAACGCGCCAACACCGAAUUGGCUUACACCAACCUCCAGAAACUCAUCCCCUUCGUCUCCACCAACGAUGCCCUCUGCGCCUUCCUGUGGAAACGCAUCGCCGCCGCGCGCCGCCGCCAUCGGCCGCAGCCGGCACAACGGCGCACCAAAUUCUCGCGCGCCCUCGACAGCCGGCGCGCCAUGGACGUUUCGCCCGAAUACAUGGGCCAGAUGGGGUACAACGCGUCGACGCGGGUGGCCUACGGGGAGCUGGACGCGAUGACGCUCGGCGAGACCGCGGCCGUGCUGCGGGCGCAGGUCGCCGAGGUCAACCACGCGUACGCCGUGCGCAGCUGGGCCACCUUCAUCGCGCAGGAGCCCGACAAGUCGACUAUCAUGUUCGGUGGCGAGUUCGAUCCCGAGACGGAUGUGGGCGUUUCGUCGCUGGCGCAUACGGAGCUGUACAGCUGUGGCUUUGGCGACGUGCUGGGCCACCCCUCACUGGUGCGACGGCCGACUUCGGCGCCGUUCGAGGGGUGCGUAUAUUUCUGGUCCCGCACGGAGAAUGGGGAUCUGGGCGUCAUGGCGUGUUUGAAUGAGGGGGAUAUCCGGGCGCUGCGGCGGGAUCGCGAGUGGGCGGGGCAUGUGGAGUAUAUUGGAUAG